UGCGCGUGCGCGGCCGCCGCUGGGAGCCACCAGGCGGCGGAGAGGACAGCGGCAAGGAGGGAGGGGCCCAAUCCACCGACUGCAGGAGGAGAAGGGGUUGUGCUCCUGGCCGAGGAAGGAGAAAGGGGCGGGGCCGGCGGGCAGCGCGCGGCGGUGCGGAGCUCCUGAGGCCGGCGGGCCGGCGGGCAGGCGGGGGUCUGUGGCCCUAGCCGUCGCAGUGGCCGCCGCCGUCGCUUGGUCCCCGUCGGUCUGCGGGAGGCGGGUUAUGGCGGCGGCGGCAGUGAGAGCUGUGAAUGAAUUCUCCGGGUGGACGAGGAAAGAAGAAAGGCUCCGGCGGCGCCAGCAGCCCGGUGCCUCCCAGGCCUCCGCCCCCCUGCCUGGCCCCCGCCCCUCCCGCCGCCGGGCGGGCCCGUCCGCCCGAGUCGCCGCAUAAGCGGAACCUGUACUACUUCUCCUACCCGCUGUUCGUAGGCUUCGCGCUGCUGCGUUUGGUCGCCUUCCACCUGGGGCUCCUCUUCCUGUGGCUCUGCCAGCGCUUCUCCCGCGCCCUCAUGGCAGCCAAGAGGAGCUCCGGGGCCGCACCAGCACCGGCCUCGGCCUCGCCUCCGGCGCCGGUGCCGGGCGGCGAGGCCGAGCGCGUCCGAGUCUUCCACAAACAGGCCUUCGAGUACAUUUCCAUUGCCCUGCGCAUCGAUGAGGACGAGAAAGCAGGACAGAAGGAGCAAGCUGUGGAAUGGUAUAAGAAAGGUAUUGAAGAACUGGAAAAAGGAAUAGCUGUCAUAGUUACAGGACAAGGUGAACAGUGUGAAAGAGCUAGACGCCUUCAAGCUAAAAUGAUGACUAAUUUGGUUAUGGCCAAGGACCGCUUACAACUUCUAGAGAAGAUGCAACCAGUUUUGCCAUUUUCCAAGUCACAAACGGACGUCUAUAAUGACAAUACUAACUUGGCAUGCCGCAAUGGACAUCUUCAGUCAGAAAGUGGAGCUGUUCCAAAAAGAAAAGACCCCUUAACACACACUAGUAAUUCACUGCCUCGUUCAAAAACAGUUAUGAAAACUGGAUCUGCAGGCCUUUCAGGCCACCAUAGAGCACCUAGUUGCAGUGGUUUAUCCAUGGUUUCUGGAGUGAAACAGGGAUCUGGUCCUGUACCUGUCACUCAUAAGGGUACUCCAAAAACAAAUAGGACAAAUAAACCUUCUACCCCUACAACUACUGCUCGUAAGAAAAAAGACUUGAAGAAUUUUAGGAAUGUGGACAGCAACCUUGCUAACCUUAUAAUGAAUGAAAUUGUGGACAAUGGAACAGCUGUUAAAUUUGAUGAUAUAGCUGGUCAAGACUUGGCAAAGCAAGCAUUGCAAGAAAUUGUUAUUCUUCCUUCUCUGAGGCCUGAGUUGUUCACAGGGCUUAGAGCUCCUGCCAGAGGACUGUUACUCUUUGGUCCACCUGGGAAUGGAAAGACAAUGCUGGCUAAAGCAGUAGCUGCAGAAUCGAAUGCAACCUUCUUUAAUAUAAGUGCUGCAAGUUUAACUUCAAAAUAUGUGGGAGAAGGAGAGAAAUUGGUAAGAGCUCUUUUUGCUGUGGCUCGAGAACUUCAACCUUCUAUAAUUUUCAUAGAUGAAGUUGAUAGCCUUUUGUGUGAAAGAAGAGAAGGGGAGCACGAUGCUAGUAGACGCCUAAAAACUGAAUUUCUAAUAGAAUUUGAUGGUGUACAGUCUGCUGGAGAUGACAGAGUACUUGUAAUGGGUGCAACUAAUAGGCCGCAAGAGCUUGAUGAGGCUGUUCUCAGGCGUUUCAUCAAACGGGUAUAUGUGUCUUUACCAAAUGAGGAGACAAGACUACUUUUGCUUAAAAAUCUGUUAUGUAAACAAGGAAGCCCAUUGACCCAAAAAGAACUAGCACAACUUGCUAGAAUGACUGAUGGAUACUCAGGAAGUGACCUAACAGCUUUGGCAAAAGAUGCAGCACUGGGUCCUAUCAGAGAACUGAAACCAGAACAGGUGAAGAAUAUGUCUGCCAGUGAGAUGAGAAAUAUUCGAUUAUCUGACUUCACUGAAUCCUUGAAAAAGAUAAAACGCAGCGUCAGCCCUCAAACUUUAGAAGCGUACAUACGUUGGAACAAGGACUUUGGAGAUACCACUGUUUAAGGAAAUACCUUUGUAAAACUGCAGAACAUUUUACUUAACAAAAGAGAAACACAAGAUCUUCAAUGAACAGUCAUCAGCUACAGAAACAGCCUAAGUUUACAGGACUUUUCAGAGUCUUACGUAUUUGUGCACCAAACUUGAAGAUGAACCAGAAAACAAACUUAAACAAAAUACACAAUGCAAAUGGAAUUUUUUGUUGUUUAAGGCCUUGCCUUGAUGGUCACUGUUACCCCAAUGGACAUUGUAAGUUAGAGCACAACAAAAACUGAUUCUGGUCUUCUUUACCAAUAUAAUCAUAAUGUAAAUAAUCAUUUAUAUAUUGUGUGUUGCAGAUGAAAGUAUUCCAGAGACAGUGAAUGGUAGAAGACACAAGAACCUUUGGUUGUUUGUCUUCUGAUGUUUUUUUCUUAAAAUAUUAAUUUCUCCUACUUUUCUUUCCUAUUGUUGUCUUAACUGUAGGUGAUUGGAAUGCCAAACACUCUUAAAUUUAUUUUCUUUCUUUCUUUUUUUUUUUUUUUUAUAAAUUCAGUGUGCCAAAUGAAACUUUUUUCCUAAGUAAUUGUAAUAGGAAAAAGUUUAUUUUGAGAGUUCCUUCUUCAUAAAUCUAUAGACAU